AUGAGCGGCAACAGGCAUCAACAACAACGGCAACAAGGACAAGAUCCUUUUAAUGCGUCGUUGAACAAUUUGGAAAGCUGCAAUAACUCCCUUCGGGAGUCGAUUCGCCUACUUAGAAACUCGUCGGCCCUCAUUGAAGAGUCGGUUCUGGACACCCAUAGAGUGUCAAAGGCAUUGUCCACGCGAAAAGUGUUUGCCUUGGUACCAGAACACGAUCUUGAAGAUGCUAAGCAAUGCUACAAGUCCAACAUCACGCCGCAAGUCCAUCGCCAGUUGGACAGGUUACAAGACGAAGUAAAGCUGUUGCAGCUGAAGAGAGGUCAUUUGCAAAGUAAGUUGAAACUUACAAGAACAAGAUUACGUCAUUGUGAGCAACAACAGCAAGGGGAAACUAGCGGUGGGGACAGUGACGUGGAUUUUGAGCUGUUGUUGAAUGAUCGAAAUUACGACCAGUUGAAAGUAAGAAAGUUCCAAACACUUCGAUAUAAAAAGAACAGAUUGCAGUAUACCUUGAGCAGGAUUAAGCUGGUUGGUGCUAGUACAUAG